AUGCCAAAACUAACACUCUAUCGAACAAACGGCUCAUGCUCUCUCAUUCCUCACGCCAUUCUUCUUCAUUAUAAAAUCCCAUUCACGACAAUCCGUCUUAAGCCAGGUCCGAAUGGUUACGAAGCUGCAGACGGGAGUUUCACCAAUGCCGAAUACCGCGCCAUACACCCAAGAGGCUACGUCCCCGCCUUGGCCGUUGACAACGAAAUUAUCACCGAGAUGCUGGCUAUUCUAAGCUACACAUCCUCCCUGAUCCCAAACGAGAAUCUGAUGGGUGUAACGCCGUUCCAGAAGGCCAAGGCAAUGGAGUGGUUGGUGUUUCUAUCGGGGACUCUGCAUGGUCUGGGAUAUGGGGCUUGGCUACGACCUGGGAGGUUUAGUGAUGAUAUAUCAGCUCAUGAUGGAAUUCGUGCGAAAGGAAGGGGGAUUAUACAUGAGUCGUUCAAGAGGAUCGACGAUGUUUACAGACAGAGUCAAUUUGCUGUUGGACAAAAUUUGACAGCUGUGGAUUUCAAUGUCUAUGUCUUUGCACGUUGGGCACAUGAGGUUGAUAUUGAGUUGGAAAGAGAGUAUCCUUUCUACUAUCAACACUUAAAGAGGAUUGAGGAACUCGAGGGAGUGAGAUACGCAGUCAAGGCAGAGGAGCUGAAUUUCGCAUUUACAUAA